AUGAAGGAGGAGAUGAAGGAAUGGUCAGACCUCCUGAUUCGAUACAAGAAGCACCUCAAGGAUACCGACAGGAAGGGCAAAGGGAUCUAUGAUGCACAACAAUCAUUGGCACAUUCCAUGUAUCGAGUUCGACACCAGGCUCUUCUUGAGCAAGACCGUGCUCAGCCCUCGAACCCGAACAACGAAGUCGAACGACUCGGAGCAAAGCUGGACAACUUACAAGCAAACUAUAUGCAGCUUAUACAAUCGCUGAAGUAUGAGAGAGACCAAUGGGCAUGGUGGAGGCAAUUGAUCGCUUAUGUUGAGCACGAAAUGGGGGUCCUGGAGCUGCAAGAAAGAAGUUUGACACAAAAGCGGUUCGUCGUCCGAGAGGGAUGGUUCUUCAUCCUCGGCGCCACCGGAGAGCUGAACCAGUUAGGGGCAAAGAGUGGUCCUCAAGUUGCAGGAACUCGUCACCACUCAGACCGUGAUCGGGCCUGCUACGAAGGCUUUUGUUUCUCGAGGGACCUGUAUGGAGUUAUGUUAGUGAUACUGCUUUACAACAGUAAUGUCAGCGUAGCACUCUAA